CACCAUAAACAAAAAAAUUAUAACCAAAACAAAGCUUUUAUAUACACUAUUUUAUAUACAUUUAGUUUUUAUACUAACAUGAUGGAUAUUUAAUUUGUAUGUGUAAAAUAUUAUCAUAUUAUCAUUUUCUUAAAUUUUGUAUCAUUACCUACAAUUUAUAUAUUGAUAGUUAGUAAAACAUUAUUUUCUGUCAAGACGUAAAUGAUCCAAUGGGUUGACCCGAAUAACCCAUAAUCCGACCUGACCAAACCCGAAUUAACCCGCGACCCAAUAGACCCAUAAUUUGAUGCACCCGUAACCCGACCCGAUUCGUAACCCAAUUGACCAGUGACCUGAUUGACUCGUUACUCAAUUGACCUGCAACCUAAUUAAACCCGAUCCAAAUUGAAACUAACCCGAUUGAACUCGCAAGCCGAUUGAACCCAACCCAGUUAGACCCAAUCCGAACCCGACCCAACCUGCCCAAUUGACACCUCUAGUCAAAUGGAUGUGUGCUGCGUUUCGAACCCCGGGGUAAACAUCCGCUAUGCUGCGCUCCGACCAGCGGUUAAACAGAAGGUUUUGACGGGUUUGCGGAAGCUGAGUCCUCGUGGACAGGAACUUCUGACGCUGGUGUUCGUUGUCGACGCUGCUUUGUUGGCAUUGGCGGUUGGUCGAGGGUGGCUCGUCUCUGUACUUGGUAGGCUCAUUGAUUUGUUCUCGGCGACGGGAGGAAGGUAAUGUCUUGUCUGGUAUGGUUUCCGACGGGAAUCAAAUGGGUGGGGUUUGUUUGCUCCUUUGGUUUCAAAUUUUAAAUUGAAUAAAAUAAUAAAUAUGUUUAAAAGUU